GAGCUAAAAGCUUACCUUUGGAUACGAAAUCGCUGCUUUUAAAGUGAUACUUUUGUAGGCGAAUUUGAAUUUAGGCUCAAAAAAGCUUUUACCAUUCAAGUCUAACACAUCGAUUUGUUCGGUUGUUCGGCCCGCUUUUUUGUUGGUCAUCGUAUUUCCCAUUCCGUCAAAUUGACUUCACCGGUCUCCAUCACCCAGUGUACCCGAAUUCAGUUCAUCAUGUUUCUCGAAUACCGAAUCCUCCUUUGAUCACACUAUAAUCCUACAGUACUGCGCAGAGACUAAAUUUUCAGAUCUGAAUCUCGUCUGUUGUCAUCGGAACCACUUCAAUAAUGGGCCAAGAAGGUGCACUUUCAUUUGAGGGUCAACUUCACAGAGACAAGAAGCCGAAAGAUAGAAUCUUAGGUCUGAUUCUGCGGCAAUUUUAUUGGUUAAGGAAGCUAAAUGAGGAGUUACACUGGAGUUUUGUUUCGUCUGUGGUUAUUUUGUAUGGAAUAAAUCAGGGUAUGAGUUUGGGGCUGAGCCGAAUUAGUACGCAGUAUUAUAUGAAAGAUGAACAGAAGUUACAGCCAUCUGAAGCUCAAGUUUAUUUUGGAAUUAUUCAAUUGCCUUGGGUUGUAAAACCUCUUUGGGGACUUUUAACCGAUACUCUUCCUAUUUUAGGAUAUAGGAGGCGCCCAUACUUCAUUCUUGGUGGUUUCAUUGGUGUUGUCGCUAUGCUUAGUCUGUCAAUCAACCAGAACUUACACCUCGCAUUUGCUUUGUUGUGCCUAAUGGCUGGCAGUGCGGGAGUGGCAAUAGCAGAUGUGACUAUUGAUGCUUGUGUGACGGAGAACAGCAUAAGCCAUCCUUCUCUUGCUAGUGACAUGCAAAGCUUGUGUGGUCUGAGCUCAUCAGUGGGGCAACUGAUUGGGUAUGCAAUCAGUGGGUUUUUGGUGCAUCGAGUUGGAUCCAAGGGGGUAUUUGGAAUUUUAAGCAUCCCUGCUGCACUGGUCAUUUUGGUAGGAAUGCUGACACGUGAAGCUCAUGUACACAAUGUUGCACAUAAGCGUGCAAGUCAAAAGUUCGUGGAUGCUGGUAAGGCUAUGUGGAUGGCACUGAAAUGUGAGAAUAUUUGGAGGCCAUGUAUAUACAUGUACAUUUCUCUAGCAUUGAGUUUGCAUAUUCAUGAGGGAAUGUUUUACUGGUAUACAGAUGCAAAGGAUGGCCCAUCAUUCUCAAAGGAGAUGGUAGGGUCCAUAUCUUCUGUUGGUGCAGUGGGCUCUCUUCUUGGUGUUCUCCUCUACCAGAAUGCCUUUAAAAACCAUCCUUUUCGUGGUGUACUUUUCUGGACUCAGUUACUGUAUGGUGCUUCGGGGCUGGUAGAUUUAAUAUUGGUCUCACGUGUAAACUUAAAAUUUGGUAUCCCUGAUUAUGUUGUUGUUGUAAGCGAUGCAGCAUUCUCUCACAUGAUUGGGCGUCUCAAAUGGAUGCCUCUCCUUGUACUCAGUUCAAAACUUUGCCCCUCAGGCAUUGAAGGAACUUUUUUUGCUUUGCUAAUGUCAAUUGAUCAUAUUGGUAUGCUCACAGCAUCCUGGGGUGGCGGCCUCUUACUUCAUGCCUUCAAUGUUACAAGGACGCAAUUUGACAACCUUUGGAUAGUGAUAGUGAUUCGGAGCAUUUUAAGAAUACUUCCAGUUUGCAUUCUGUUUUUGAUACCCAGCAGUGAUCCAAAUGCUUCUAUUCUCCCAACCGAGAUGUUGAAGAGUAAAAAGGGUGACGAUAUGUUGGAAAAUCAGAACAUGGAAAUGGCUCCUCUUGUGAGGAGUGUCGAUCAGCAUUUAGUGGAUACAUGACCACAAAUAGCAAAAUAUACAAGAUGGAAGUACCAAGUUGAGUUGACUGAGCUAAGUUAUUCAUCCGGUAAGGCUUAGAUUUGUUGUGUACUUGUAUCCCUUCAUAACACUUUAGGAAAAAUUAACCUUGUGAAAUUGUAUGUAGCAGUAUUUUGUAGUUUCUUGGAAUCUUUUUGCUAGUAUGGCUGUGUUCUUACUGUUAUAAAGAGGAGCAGAAGGAAUCUUUUUGUGGCUGGUGGGUGGGCUUAAGAUUAACCAUUAGUGCUUUGUACUUUAAAAGGGGACAGAUAACAUUUUCUUCCCCACAGCCCAAGGGCCAUGUACUCAGAAAACAAAAGGAAAAAAAAAAAAAGGACAACUGGCUCAAUUAUCGAGACAUUCCAGUGUUG